CGAGAAACAUGCUGUUGUCCGCUUUCAUCAUAGGGAUGGCGGGCCCGAACAUCAUGUCGUGGUGCCGUACUCUCACGGAUUACAUCUCGGUCGUCCCUCGCCCAACGCUCACUCGCCGCUCACCGAUUGAUGACGCCGGUCGUCGCGGGUGCAUCAAGGACCUCGACGAGUACUACUCGCAGUUGGUACAAGCAAUACGAGGAGGUCGAGCUCACGUACACGGGCGCCUAGAUCCCGAUCUCAGCAUGAAGGCGGUAUUCGUGGCGGAGGCCAAGAGCAAGUCCGAGACGGAAAAGGUCGUCGUCAAGUUCGCGUACGCGUACAACGGCGGAGCGCACGAGCUCCUCGCGAACGCCUCGCCCCCGCAGGCACCCAAGCUGCGGUAUUGCGAGUACGAUUCCGACGUCGGGAUGUGGGUCGUCGUGAUGGACUACGUGGAGGGCAGGGAGGACCCUACUGGCGAUUUACUGACGGAGCCCGUUCACGUCGACUCGCUCCGGGUGGCGGUCACGAUGCUGCACGAGCACGGACUCGUGUUUGGUGACCUGCGCGCGCCGAAUAUCCUGCUUGUGGACGACAGGGCCGUGCUGAUUGACUUUGACUGGUGCGGGAAGGCUGGCGAGGCGAGGUAUCCCGGCGAUAUCCUCCUGGAUAAUAUUAGCUGGCACAGCGAGGUGCGGCGUGGAGGACUCAUAGAUCGAGCACACGACGUGUAUCUUUUCCGCCUUCUUACGCAGCAGGAGUUGUGAUUGCGAUCCUGAGUGCAGCAAAGUAAUGUCAGUGAGGAAUGGCAC